AAAAUACUUUUGCCACGGUGCUGCACACCAUAAACACAGUAUGUUGUAGUGAUGUAUAAUGUCGGUUGUAAUUCUCUUGAAAAGGUGGAGGAUAAAUAUGUUAAUAGCUGAAGUUACGCUUCAUAAAUCUCCGUAGCCAUCGCUGAAGUGAAUGUUUUAUUUUGUAACACUAACCGGAAAUGUGUUAUGACCGUUUUUCAGUCUUGAGGAUAAAAAGCCAUUGGUGUCUGUUUGCAUCAGCCAGAAAGGUCAACACAACAGGCGAUUUUAAACACGUCACGGUCAGCCCGUAUUGAUGACGCCCAACUUUUUUUUUUUGCUCUUCCUGGUAUAAAUCAAAAGAGGGAAAACUGUCGCCGGGAUGAACAGAGAAGGAGACCGAUGCGUAAAGAGUGCGCCCCGGAGCCAGAAGCCAUCCUCUAGGUUGUCUCAACAGGGAACCGUCCAGAGGAGGAAAAAGGAGUCGACGUCGAAAGACAGCCAAAGCAGCGGUCAGCCAAGAGGAACGUCGGAAGGUAACCGUGGCUCCGGUAAAGACGGGAAACCAACGGGAAAACGUCCGGGGGGCAUCGCCGUGACAGUAUGCCAGAGGAAACUCUCCGACGCCAGCAACACGUCCGAGGACCUGAGCAAAGACUCCGGCUGCUUGUCGGGGAAACCCUCCUCCUCCGACAGCAGCUCGGAAAUAUCCGAUUGUACGUGGGAGGGCAACAAGCGCGACUCUCCCAUCAGCGACAAUGAAUUAAGCUGGACUGACGGGAGAGUUUACAAGAGGCCGGUGAGUGGGGGCGAAGACGACGCCAAAGAGGGCAUACAAGCAGCGGGGAACGCUUGCUCGCGUCCCCUGGAUGCUGCUGCUGGAGGAGCCCUCACCUUGUUGAACUCCUCGGUGGCAUUUAUGGAUCUCAUGAUGGCAGAGACCAGCGAUGACCUGGUCAGGGAAGUGGAAGAUUUGAGGUCGGAGAAUGAGUAUUUGAGGGAUGAGGUGGAGGAGCUGCGCUGCGAGAUGUUGGAGAUGCGUGACAUGUUCCAGGAGGAGGAGACGCGCCAGCUGCAGGAUCUACGGCAGCAGCUGGAGCAGGCCAACAAAACCUGCCGCAUCCUUCAGUACCGUCUCCGCAAGGCUGAGCGACGCAGCAUCAGAGUGGCCCAGACAGGGCAGGUGGACGGGGAGCUGGUCAGAAACCUUGAACAUGACAUCAAGGUUGCGAAGAGCGUCUCCCUGCGACUGUUCAAUGAGCUGGAGGUAGUGCAGAAGAAGAACGGCCAAUUGGACUGGGAGAAUGAGAUGCUUCGAGAGAAGACUCAGGAGCUGGAGGUGGUCAAGCACGUCUUGCAGGCUGAGUUGGAGAAAGCCAGAGAGAGCUUUUUAAAGAGGCGAAGCACCAGAUCAACAGCCAGUAAAACCGAGCGGAGGCUCUCUCAACAGAUUGAGGUCCUGCCUUCAAUGCAGGAUGACAGCGAUCUCAAGUGCCAACUCCACUUUGCCAAAGAAGAAUUGGCUCUCAUGUGCAAGAAGCUCACCAAGUUAGUGUCAGAGAGCGAGGUCAUGCACGAGCAGCUGGCCAGGUACCAUUCAGCUUACGGCGAUGUCGACGCCUCCCAAUCGCCUGAGGGCAAACUAAAGUCCGCCUACGCCCGGGAGGCGGAGGUCAAAGUUCAUUUGAAACUGGUAGAAGAGGAAGCCAUGCUCCUGAGCCGCCGCAUCGUUGAGCUGGAGAUGGAGAACCGUGGGCUGCGAGCGGAAAUGAACGACUUGAGAGAGAGAGAUGGCGCAGGGGGAGCCGAGGAGGAGGAGAAUCGGAAUGUUUUGGACGAACAUCUGUCACCUUCCACUUUGAGGAAGAACAGAAAUGAAAGUGGUCAGAUUUUGAAAAUGACAAGUGCUGUGCAUGAUGAACGGGCAACAGUGGAGACUGAAGGGCAGCUUCCUUCUUGCCACAUCACAAGAGAAGGUCCCGUAGGGGGCGAGUGGAACCCAUCAGACAGCGUUGGAAACAAGUCACCUGACAGCAGCUCCAAAGGAAUGACUGUGACAGAUUAUACAACUCUUGCGGCUCUCCGAGAUCAUUCCUGCAUUUUGUGUUCGGCCAUCCAGCUCAUUAAAACUACACCCAAAAACGGCCAUUGCUCAUCCCCCUCCAGUGCGCUUAUUCCACUAACAGAUGGUAAAACAAAGUCCUUAUUCUCCUCAGGGCCUUUGAAUGAGGCACUGGAGGUUCUGCAGGCCAUGCUGCAGGCUUUUAUCAUGAGGAUGGAGGUUCUUCUAAGUGGCAAAAAUCCCCCUCACCAGGAAGGUCACGUUUGGGGUUCCUGCUUGUUCUCCGCUCUCAAUGGAGAAUAUGUGGAUCAGGACACUAUCAGUCAAGGUCUCAUAGAGUCAGCAACACAGCAGGAAUGCGUUCAAGUUGAUGUGGAUGAAAGAGCAAAACAAACAGCACAAAGGCUGUCAUCCAAAUGGGACCUGAGAAUGCAACUUUCCAUGCAGAUUCUGUGGAUCCUGCAUCAGUGGUGUCAAGAAUCCAUACUGGAAGGAAAAGAGGCUAAGGACAAACGCGUGACGAAGUUGCAAGAUUUGUUGCAGCGCGUCGGUGCUGAGCUCAAGGGGGAAACACUCGACGGCCAGACCAUUGGUGUCCAGAACAAGGCAGCUGAGUGUGCUGUCAGUGGUGUCGUCACUGAUGAAGGACACUCUGACGGCGACAGAAUAUGCAGCUCCAUUAGGAUGAAACUUAAGCGGCAGCUUUCUCCACACGCCUACAGGCGGAAGAACUGGUGUUAUCUAAGCCAGCAGGCUUCCCUAGAGGACCAGGAACAGCGCGUUAAGACGUGGGACCAUCUAAUCAUGCCGCUUAGCUUCCCUGAUCUUGACUUUGAGCAGAUGUCCGUGGAGAGAAGCCACACUGCACCAGAGAAGUCAGCUCUGCGCAUUUACUACAGCCCCCCGUCCAAGCGCAGAGUCCAGCUGGCUCAGUUGAAGCAAAGCCCCGAAAGUGACAGAGAAUCUAUGGAAACGCAGUCUCCCUGGUGCACGCCGCCGACCUCCUUUUCAACACUUUGUGUCGGCUCUUCGGCCAACCUCAGCGACGAUAUGAAGGAGAUGGCGGCGAGCUGGAGGCAGGGGGGUCACAGCGGCUCGCAGGUCAGCAGAACAAGAUUAGUGGGCCGGGGGGUGGAUGUGACCUGCUCUGGUACGCAGACUCACAUGAGGCCGCUGAUGGUGAGUGUUGGCCUGCAGACGGAAGGACACCAAGGCCCUGUAACUGUGAGAAACAGCCCCUCUCGGGUCGUCAACUCCUCUCUGAUCUCCUCCCACUCUCGCUGUGUCUCCACCUCACUAGAGAGACUAACUAGUAGAACCGAAAAAUCCAGACUCUCUGCCUCUUCCCCUAAACUGUAUCGAAGUCAAUCUGCGUCUGGUGCAUCCUCUAGUUUGAGCUCCUCAUUUGCACCCAACACUCGGCGUCGAACAGUGUGGAAUCACCAAAGCCACUCUGGCCCAACGAGUCACAGAUCUGCUGCGGGACAGAACCUCAACCCUCUUCAUAGUGAGCAUCCUGGUCAGAAUCUCAAGCCCCCCAACAAAUCAGCAGGGGGUUUGGUCACUGAGUUUCUACGGCGAGUUAGCGGGCGGGCAGAAAGACCGGUCCCGGGGUCGGCCCAGAAGAUGAACAGCGGGCUAGAGCGCGUUCCCGUGAGGCCUUCGUCGUCCUUGUUGCCGAGGAGCGACAGUGUGACCAGGAUCGUCAACCACAGAUUCAUGAGGCAGAGAGAGGAGGUCAGUCGAGCCCCAAAUGAGGAGAAACGGAGAAGCAGAAGUAAUGGUGCCGCGUAUAGUCUGAGAUCUCCCGUGGCAGAGGAUGGAAGUUACGAUUGCAGCUCCAGCAGCACCCUGACCUUCUGCUUUGCUCGUCCAUUUCGUUCUACUCCGAGACAAACUUCCACCCAGAACAAAGUCACAAGAUGCCAGACUGCAGAGUCCGACUGUGAAUGAAGGACAAUCACAGAGAGGACAGGAUGGUGAUGAAGUGGUAAAAUUGAUGUGAGUGUGUUUAGGUGGACUGUUUUUGAUUUUUUUUUUCCUUUUUUUUUUCUUUAUGGUGCUAUUCUUUCUUUUUCUACUGUGUCCUUAUAUCAUUCAUAAUGAGAGUUUACACUACAGUGUUUGUCUGUGUUUAUUUAAAUAUCCAUCAUUUUAACAGCUUAAUAAACAUUUUUGAUCAACAACAAAAAUGUUUUCAGACGGGUACUUCACUUUAACACAUUCACUGCCAUUGACGUCUUUAGAAGUCAAAUAUCCAUGUUGACUGGGAAGGCUGGCAGUGAUUAAUUGCAGAAUCAGAUGGCAUGUGCAGUCAUCAAACACGGAAAACUAAAUACAAAUGAACAAUAUCAGUUCCACAAUUACGACAAAUUACAGUGACUCAUACGACUGUCUUCUUGUUCAAAGAAAUUACCUCGUUCUGCUUGCUUGGAGCUUUUUUUUCUUCUUCCUGUACCUAACACUCAAAUACUGAAACAUGAUGAAAUGAUGAACACAAAUACAAUUACAUGAGUAAAGGUGAUGAAAGUUUACCUUUGAUCCUUCAUAUACAUGGUCUUGAGAUUCAUGUCUUUUCUUUCCCUGCUCUAUGUCCUAAAGCUCUUGUCGCCCAAGUCUCAGAGAGGACCAUCUAGGAUCUUUUAGCUUCACCUGAAAUCAAUUUGCUACUUAAUCUUUGUUAUUUAAGAGAGUGGCAUCGCUUUGACUGUUGACUUGAAGUGCAUGUCAUUUACAAAUAUACUUGCAAGAAGUUGUUUUUCUAUAUUGCAGCUGUUACAAUUACAAUAAUUCCUGUUUCUUUCUACCUCUCGCAGGUUUCUGCGGACCUUAAAAAACACACACACACGCGAGUUGAUCAAAUGGUAAUUCAAAUGGCUCAAAACGUUUUGACCAGUGGUGUCCUGUAAAGUCUCUUACAAUGCUGGAUACGUAUUCAUAUUUACACUAAGUGUAGUGCGCAUACAUGCUGUGAUUUUGUGUGUUUUUUUUGUAGAGAAGCUACAACUUGUUCUAUUGAAUAAACACUUGAGCAAAUCUGUCUAUGCUUCACAAUCAUCACCUCACACAAG